AUGCCUUUUGGGCUCAAAAAUGCCGGUGCCACCUAUCAAAAAUUAGUGGACAAGAUUUUCGAGCACCAAAAAGGCUGGAAUGUAGAAGUGCACGUCGACGACAGUAUAGUGAAAAGCCUGACAGAGGAAGAGCACGUCGUUGACCUGGAAGAAACCUUCGCCACACUCCAGCAGCAUCAGAUGAAGCUGAACCCCAAAAAAUGCGUGUUCGGGGUGCGAUCCGGCAAGUUCCUGGGAUUCAUGGUAAGUGAAAGAGGCAUAGACGCCAACCCCGACAAAGUUAAGGUCAUCAGCGACCUCCCCGAGCCAAAGAGCAUCCGGGAUAUUCAAAGGCUGACAGGAAGGAUGGCGGCCCUCACUAGGUUUGUCUCCAAAUCAGCGGAAAAAGCCCUGUCAUUCUUCAAAAUUCUUAGAGGAAACAAGAAAUUUGAAUGGGGGGAUGAGCAGAAGCAGGCCUUCGAAGAAGUGAAAGCACAUUUCAAAAAGCUACCAACAAUAACCCGGCCAGAUCUGGGAGACAAACUACAGCUCUACGUGCCAGUGUCUGAGAAGACGGUAGCAGCUGUGUUACUAGUAAACAAGAAAGGGCAGCAGAACCCCAUAUACUUUGUGAGCCAUGUAUUAGCUGGAGCAGAGCAGAGAUAUGAGCUGUUGGAGAAGAUGGCAUAUGCCAUCUUGAUUGCGGCAAGGAAACUGAUACCAUAUUUCGACUCCCAUACUGUCCAAGUACUCACUAAUCAACCUCUGGGAAAAGCUCUCCACAAGCUCGAUACAACCGGCAGACUCCUAAAGUGGGCAAUAGAACUCUAUGAGUUCGACAUCGAAUACCGGCCCCGUACGACCAUCAAAGCCCAAGCACUGGUUGACUUCAUUGUGGAAACCACUUACACGGAAUCAUUAGAAUCAGCCGGUAUCUGGAAAAUAGAGGUCGAUGGAUCAACGGCCCAGAGUGGAGCUGGAGCAGGAGCAGGAGUGGUGAUGACGUCCCCGGAAGGGAAAAUCUUUGAAUACGCCAUAAGGUUCGGUUUCAAGGCUUUAAAUAACGAAACAGCCCUGGUCGGACUAAGUCUGAGCAUUGCGGCUGGCGCCAAAAAGAUCCUCAUGACCAUAGACUCGCAGCUGGUAUCGAGUCAGAUUGAGGGAACGUAUGACGCCCAGGAGCUGGUAAUGCAGAAGUAUCUCAGUAAGGUGAAGAGCACGACAGGCGGAUUACAGGGCUUUGAGGUCAAAUUGGUACCGAAAACAGAAAACAUGGCGGCCGACGCCUUAUCAAAGCUAGCAAGCUCGAGUGUCAGUGACAAGAAGCGAAGUGUCAUGGUGGAGACUUAUGGGGAACGGAGCAUAGACACUCCAACACUAGCCGUCAACACCAUAGGCCAAAGUCCAGAGUGGUAUGACGACAUUGUGGCCUAUAAACUGACAGGUACCCUCUCAGAGGAAAAGAUAGCGGCCAAAAAGCUUAAAAGGGACUCAUCUUGGUAUUGUAUAUUUCAAGGCCAGUUGUACAAAAAAGGGUUCUCACUCCCUCUACUAAGGUGCGUAACGGCCUAUGAGGCCACGAAAAUAAUAGAAGAAAUUCAUGAGGGAAUCUGUGGGAACCAUAUCGGCAGAAAAACGCUAGCACUAAAAGCAUUAAGAGCCGGCUUCUACUGGCCAAGUAUGCUGGCGGACGCUCAGGCCUACGUCAAGAAAUGCGAUAAAUGCCAACGGUUCGCACCACCAAUAAAUCAGCCGGUAUACAAUCUGCAGCCAAUCCUGAAUCCAAUCCCUUUUGCUCAGUGGGGGAUGGAUAUAAUAGGACCUUUCACACGGCAUCCGUGGGAAGGAAGUUCCUAA